AUGUCUCUUUGUAGCCAAAUAUUAAACAAAGGCCACACUUUGGCAACUGAUAAUUGGUACACCAGCUUAGAGUUGGCUUACAAUUUACUGGAACAUCAAACGCACUUGAUUGGGACUAUUAGGAAAAACCGAAGAGGUUUACCUAAGGAUGUAGUAGAAGCCAAACUUCAAAAGGGAGAGUUCAUGGCCAUGGAAAACGAGGAUGGUAUAACAAUUUUAAAAUGGAAAGAUAAGCGGGACGUGAUGAUGCUUUCUACUAAACAUUCUGAUAAAAUGUCAACAAUCGCCAAAAAGGGCAAACAGAUUACUAAGCCUAAAGUGAUUUUAGAUUAUAAUAAGUCAAAAGGAUCUGUCGAUAUGAGCGACCAAAUGUCGUCGUAUUCUUCUCCCUUACGUAAAACUAUUAAGUGGUACCGGAAACUUGGUAUUGAGAUUUUGUUGAAUACUGCCGUAGUAAAUGCAUGGAUUAUGUUUACCGAAACUAGGAACACAAAAAUGUCAAUCGUAGAGUUUCGGAAAUCUCUAGUAGACUAUCUAACAAGCUCGUCAGAUUCUCAGCAGACUGAGUCAGGAGUAACGGUAUCAAGACCCAAACGUUUGAAGCACGAGUUGCUAACAAAAACUGGGACAGUGAGAAAUACUAGACGAUUUUGUGUACACUGUUACAAAGAUAUGGUAAAGCAGUUUGGACGAAAAUUGGCGAAAAAUAAAGCUAAAAAGGUUAACCCUUUACCGCAUACUGUGCCAAAUUUGGAACGCUUUAAUUUUUUCCUUGUAAAAUGUUAUCAACGCCAUCUAUCUAUUCCGUUCUGCAUCAACAAACAAAAGUAA